GUCGCGUUUAACGUGUGAAACUUUCCACCGAGCGGCGGAGUGAGAGCAAACUCAGCCGAACUCAACCGGACACCGCGGUCGCCGCUGCCUGUCGCUUCGGUUCUGCCCGCUCCGCCGAAACGAAUCCUCCUUUAUGAAGUUGCCGUUUUUCUCGCCGGUCCGCCGCCUCCAGUCUCCAGCUUCUCUCCGGGGGAAACCUUGUUUGUCCGGCUGGACGUGACGCCUCAGUGACGGAGAAGACCGAGCCGAGCCGAGCCGAGCCAAACUAGACUAACCCCGUCGGUUUAAAAGAGCCAGGGACAGAAAUAAUGAGAAGAUGAAGCGGGUCCUGUGGAUUCUGCUGUUGUUCCUGCGGAGUCGUGAAGGGACCGGUGGGAGCGGUGUGAUGUUUACGAAGCACCCGUCCAAUCAGACGGUGUCUCAGGGUAAUGCCGCGAGGCUGGGCUGUGCUGUUCAGGGAGUGAUGGAGCCCGACAUCGUGUGGAUGAAGGACGGAGAGAAACUCUACAGCACCGACCAGAUGUUCAUCACAUUGGGAGAGCAGCACUGGGAGACCUACCACAGUGUGAAGUCGGUCCAGCAGCAGGAUGCGGGUCAGUACUGGUGUGAGGUGGAGUUCCACGGUCUGACGUUCUCCUCUGAACGAGCCUGGAUCACCGUGGAAGGCGUCCCUCACUUCCUCCAGGAGCCUCAGGACGUGGCCACGUUCCCCAACGUGGCCUUCAACCUCACCUGUGCAGCAGUCGGCCCCCCCGAGCCCGUGGAGGUGCUGUGGUGGUUGGGGGGGGUCCAGGAGGGAGAGCCCACACCGUCCCCCUCCGUCCUUCAUGUCCAAGGAGUGAACAGCAGUGUGAAGUUUUACUGUGAAGCAAAGAACACCAGAGGGAUCUCAGUCUCCAGAACCGGUACAGUUCACAUUAAAGUGUUGCCGGCGGCUCCGGUUGGACUCCAGGUCUUGAGGAUGGUGGACAACAACAUCACGUUGUCAUGGAAACCAGGAUUCAUAGGUCACUCUGAGCUGUCCACGUGCAUCAUCCAGGUGUCGAGGAGGUCCGUCCGGAGAUGGGACCUCCCUCAGCAGGAGGUUCUGGUUCCUCCUCACCUUCACGUCCUGUCAGGUCUGAGGAGUCACUCUAACUACAGUGUGAGGGUCUCCUGUGUGAACGAGGUGGGGACGUCUCCUUUCUCCCCAUGGCUGCAGUUCCAGACACCUGAGUCAGUGCCCUCGGCGGCCCCCAGGAACCUGACCUUUGACCUCUCCGAGCAGCAGCUGUCUCUGAGCUGGGCGAAGCUUCGGGAGGACGAGCUGCAGGGUAAACUGCUGGCCUACAAGGUGCAGUGGACUCUGGGAGGAGAACCACAGGAGCCUCUGCUGUUUAAGGACAACUGGGCUCAGCUGUCGGGAGGAGGGCGUUUUUUUAACGCCUCCUUCCAGGUCUCAGCCUGCACCUCAGUGGGCUGCGGACCCUGGAGCCCACCCGUGCUGGUACUGCCUGCCUCAGUGCAGGUCCAGGUCCAGCGGAGCCACAUGUGGGUCGGUCUGCUGCUCGGUCUGCUGGUGGCCACCGUGGUGGGUCUGCUGCUCACCGUCCUCGCUCACCGCAGAGGAAAGGAGACGCAAUUUGGUUCAGUCUUCAAGCCUCCAGGUCCUGAGAGCUCCGUCUCCUUCACAGCAGCUCGAUCCUUCAACAGAAACUGUGCUGAGCCGCAGGAGUCGACACUGGACAGUCUCGGUAUAAACAACGACCUGAAGCUCAAACUGCAGGAUGUCCUGAUCCCAGAGAGACUGCUCACGCUGGGACACAUGCUGGGGAAAGGUGAGUUCGGCUCAGUGCGUGAGGCCUUCCUGAAGACGGAGGACAUGUCUGUCCAGAAAGUGGCUGUCAAAGUGCUGAAAUCCGACAUCACCUCGUCAGGUGACAUUGAGCAGUGUCUGAAGGAGGCGGCCUACAUGAAGGACUUCCACCACCCCAACGUCAUCCAGCUCAUCGGAGUGAGUCUUCACCGGCGUCCGGGCCAGCGGCUGCCGAUCCCGAUGGUGGUUCUUCCGUUCAUGAAACACGGAGACCUGCACACCUUCCUGCUGCUGUCCAGACUGGGAGAGCAGCCGUUUGAUCUGUCCCUGCAGACUCUGAUCCAGUUCAUGUUGGACAUCUCCCGGGGGAUGGAGUAUCUGAGCAGCAGGAGCAUCAUCCACAGAGACCUCGCUGCCAGAAACUGCAUGCUGGAUGAGAACAUGACGGUGUGUGUCGCAGACUUUGGUCUCUCUAAGAAGAUCUACAGUGGAGAUUAUUACAGACAAGGCUCCGUCUCCAAGCUGCCUGUGAAGUGGAUAGCUUGGAGAGUCUGGCUGACAACGUCUACACCACUCAGAGCGACGUGGUACUGACACACACACACACACACACUCUUCCACCUGGUAUCGACAUUAAUCAGUAAAAGCCCGAUGAUGCGUUCACACUGCAACCAGGACCUCAUCAGACCGGCUUUAGUCAACAAAGCAAAUGUAGGAAAAUAACAUGAUGAUGAUGAUGUUAAUAUAAAAAAAUCCAACUUGUGUUGGGUGUAAUGAGCUGAUUCGCUCUGUUAUGGAUUCAACCGUCUCAUCUGAUUCUCAUUCAUGUCAGAACUUAAUCAGAAUCUGCAUGGACACAUGAAUUAUUACUGAACAGAGACGUGUUCAGCACAGCUUCUAACGUUAAAGGUCCACGCCGGACUUAGCUUUUAUGUUAUCACUAAACAUCUCCAGGUGUCCUUUGACCUGGUAAUUGGUCCUCCAGUGUCUCAGUGUGUCCACUACUGUCCUGAUUUAAAGGACUGCAGACUUUUUGAGGACAGGAGACGCAAGUUCCCGCGAGAGAUAAAAACACUGCCACGGGCCGGAUGUCACGGCCCUAAUGACAUCACUGUGACAUCA